AAAGAUAAACAGGGUAUGAAUUAAUGUAAUUGUACUAUUAGAUCCAAAUAAAUCUGUGAAAAUGAAGAUACAUAUUGUUUUUAUUUUAGUUUUUCUUCUUUAUUACAUCCAUAGUGUAAAGAGUUUGAAAUGUUACACAUGCUCCUGCACAGAAGACGAUACAGACACUUCUUGUUUGGAUAAUUUGGGUGCAAAAGAGGGUGACAUAACAGAUUGUGACAAAAAAUACUGUAUUCUUGUUAGAAUUGAUUACAAGGACCCCAGAGGUAAACUGCAAUCUAUUUCAAGAAAUUGUGUCGACAAACCAGUCUAUAUACAUGAAGUAAUCGAAGACGAAACACACAGAAGCUACUUCAAAGCCUGCAAAAGUGAUCUUUGUAAUGACGGUAAUGGUCGUACAGACUCUUCUAGUGGUGAAACAGGAGUUUUCGGCGAUAAAUCAACAAUCUAUUGCCCAGUUUAUGAUGCAACGGAAAAUGUCAAGGUUGGUUUCAUAAAAAAUGUACUGAAUUUUGUUCAAAAUGUAGUCUUUUCUUCAUCAGGAACUGAGAACAGCGAAAAUGAAAAUUAUCUGAAUAUUGUAGAAGAAGAAGGACCACCAAAAGUGAAACGCGGCAACAAAACAUGUUUUACAGCCGUUAAAAGUAUUAUUUUAAGCAAAGUUAACUUAACAAAUAGAGAAAUUUUACAAAAAAAUCUCAGAAUUGGAAGAAUCCGUAAAAUGGACGACUUGCAGAAAUCACUAAAACUUCUGUCCAAAGAUAAUGCAGCUUUUAGAAGAAAACGAAAAGGACUUAAAAACAGAGUGGAUGAACUAGAAAUUAAGUUAUAA